GAUUUUAUCGUUAAACUUAUGUAUUUAGCCUUACAAAGUUAGCACAGUUGAUAAAUUUAUUUAACUUACAAAGCAUACAAUACCGUAGCCGCAUGAAAAUUUGCCAAAAACUUGACAACUGUGUAAACUUUGUCGCACAAAUAUUCGUCUUUCGACUUUAAACCUACACUUAUUCAGCCUUAUUACAAAGUUGCACAGUUCACAAUUUACAGAAUCAUGCAGAAUACCGAUGAAACCACAUGAAAAUUUGCCAAAAUUUGACCUUAAUAAGGUAAAAUUCUUCUCUUAAACGCAUUUCUUCUUCAAAUUUGAAUGAAAUCAAAGUUAAUUACAGUAUAUUUAGUUUCUAUUUAACUUCUUGUGCAAGGAUUAUCUGUCCCAACCGCAAAGAUCAAAUUGUUUACUGACUCUCUUCAUAAUUUAAUCGUGAUGUUCACCACGACCAAAUUAUGCGGUAUUUAAUGUAUUUAUUUAUCAAAUCUGCCCAAAUUUUCACAUGUAUUUUAAAACGAAAAGUGACGGAAGAUGCUUGGCAUCCAAUUUUUUUCUUAACCGCAUGCGCAAUCAAUUUCACAUGAACUUUGUUCUUCUAGUCAAUUAUGAGCCAAGUCAGGGUUGGGCAUUGUCAUUCUUUUUUUGCUUCACUUUUGGCAAAAGUGCAUCCCCAUGAAAAAAAUGAGAAAUUCACUUCACAAACACACCUUUCCAUUCAGUCGGCAAAGGACGGCUUGGCAGUCCACACGGUUUGCAGAAUUGUUUUAGGCGACAAUUAAGUCAACUCUCGUGAAGAAUAAUUUUUAAAAAGUUGUGUGAAAAUUUUAAAAUUUACGUGAGACCUAAUUAUUGAAAAUUUCAAGGAGAAAUCCAUAUUUUUGAUAAUAAUUUAAUAAACGGUUAAAUUUUGUCUAAAAAUCUUAAAUCUUAAGAAAUAUUGGUUACAGAAUUUAAUUACGAAUUGAGAUACGACUUCAAAUUUUUUGCUUCCUUCAAAAUUUAAAUAUUUUUUGCAAGGGACAAUUAUCUUAAAAAAGUAUUUCUUAUAUAUUUUUUCCAAAAUAAUAUAUAAUUUCAUCUCGAAAUUUGUAUUUCUUCCAAAAUUUGAAUUUUAUUUUUGCACCAAAAAUUCAUCGACAUGAUCACUUUAAAUAUUCUGAUCUCGCUCGGAGUACUCGUUACCGUCUCCGCUUCGCCGAGGCGACCCCUUCCCAGUAUAACGUAUGACACCUUGAUCGGAUACGUGCAACCACCCGAGUUAAAUUCGGAGACGGGCGAAAAAACGAAUAAUCGUGGCGAUCUUGACGACUCCCAAGGCUCCGAAUCUGCCGGUCCAGUUGCCGGAACUAUUGCGGGUUAUACGGCGUACAACAUGGUCAGAAGUAUGUUAAGUUCAUCCCCGGACGAUUCUGGUCUCUAUUACCUCACCCCGUUCCGUUUUGUUCGCUCCGUCGCGCGUGGAAUGACCGAUAUGGGCAAAUCUUUCGCCUCCACGUUCGCCACAGAAUUCCAAAAAUCAUACAAUCGCUUAAGCACCGAAGUCAAAGAACGCGUGAUUCCAGAAGCCGCUAAUUUGCUGGGGGUUUGGACCGUCCCGCCAAAAGUGGAUGAUAACGCGUGGAUGGAAGGCAUCUAAGCAAUUGAUGCAAAAACCCGUGAAUAAUUUACAUUUUUUUUUACAUAUUGUGUACCAUUUUGUUACCUAUUUUUAAGAAAUUUGUGUAUAUUUUGUCGUUUUAUGUUUUUGUAAUUCAAAAAUUUGCAAGUUGCAGAUAUUAUUGCCAAUAAAGAAGAAAUAAGACUGAAUAAAGAAAUUGUAGAAUUA